AUGUUCUCCAAGCUUGCAUUCUGUUCCUACCUCGCGUUGUUUUCGCUAGGCUUUGCCAAUGCACUUCCAUCUGGUGAAACCGGCGCCAUCGUUCGUCGCCAAGUAGCAACUUCCUCUGGCCUUGCCAUACCCCCUGCAGUCACCACAACGAUGUCCAUCCAAACUGCAAAUGGUCCGAUGAAUGAGGUCUGCGUCCUCACAUUCACCCCCGUUGGCAAUAAAAUCCAGGAGGUCCAGAAUUGCACCAUGUCGACGGGCGCGAAUGUUGUAUCUAGCAUGGUUUUCAAUUCAGUCACUUCAGGCAGUGUUGCGUCUACUUCAACCAGCGCUUCUAUGUCUGCAACCCCGAUCGUUCAAGCUGCGUUCUCUAUGCCUGGGAGGUCAUUACAGGUGUUACCGGUGGGACUUGGGGUGUUUGGGAGUAUCACGGGUAUUACCAUCAUUAUCGUAGCCUUGGUUACUUUUGAGCGUGUUCGUUAUCGCAGGGUCUUCAGGGAGCGUAGACUAGCCGAGCAGGGUGCUAUGAUGGGUUACACGGGCAACUCAAAUGAUAUUAAAGUCUAG